UUAAAAAGUGAAUUAGGAGUAGAAGUGAUAUUUACUCACAGCACAGAAGAAGAAAUUUUUUCUGCUGAAGAUAAAAAAAGUGGAGAAGCUAUAGAAAAGAAUGACGUUGAGUCAAUUAGAAAACUUAUUGAAGAAAGAAAAUUAGGCACAAAUACUUGUGAUGAAUAUGGAAAUACAGCUUUGCAUUAUGCAUCACAAAAUGGUUAUUUAGAAAUUAUAGAUAUUCUGCUUGAGAAUGGAGCAGAAGUCAAUUCUGAAGAAAAAAAUAAACUUACUCCUUUGCACGCAGCAAUAAGUAAUAAUCAUAAAGAGAUUGCUAAAAAACUUCUUGGAAAGGGAGCCAAUCCCAAGGCUCGAGAUUCGUCAGGCAACUCUCCUCUACAUUUUGCUGCCGAGCAAAACAAUUUAGAAUUGUUGAAGUUAGUAGUUGGCCCAGAAGUUGACAUCAAUGACAUUAAUGCCAAGAAUAAAUAUGAUUGGUCGGUGCUUCAUAGUGCUGCUUCCGGAAUAAUUAACAAAAAAGAGAAAGAAAAUUGA